CCGACACUUUGUGCCAAGUUCUCUCAGGUCCCGAACCUCUCUUUCAAUCAGACACUAAUUAAGCAGCGGAGUGGAAGGGUUUCUUUGGCAGGAGGUUGGGGCGACGUGCAGGUUGAGCGAGAAAAGCCAGAUCCUGAGACCUCCCGUAUGAUAUAUGUGGAUGGAGCAUGAGGAGAUGAAACCAGAGGAAAUGAGAUUUAAACAGCAGAGAGACAAAGCUUUGAACUCAAACUGCUGCAUGUUCCUUUUCAUUCUAUGUUUCUUUUUUCACCCAAUAAGAUUUUCAAUCCCAUGAGACUGCUCGUGAAGCGAAGGAACAACAACAAAAAAUGAGACAGAAAUAAUGAGGAGGUUUCUCUUUACCACAAACAAAAAAGCGAGAGGUGACGGUGUAAAUCUCAAUCGUGGCGUUUCAGAGUGAAAACAUCCUGCAAGCAGGGUGCCUGUAGCUAUUUUGGAGUCUGGACGUUGUGCUGAGCCGGAUCCAUCUUUCUGCCGCUCUCCGUACGGCAGGUGUUCAAGAGGCGGCCAGCUUGACUGAUUAUUAGCCCUUCCCUUCCUCCAUCCCUCCCCACGCCGCCUCACCCCACACCCCACACCCCACACCCGGCUGGUGCUCCUGCCCCGCUCAGGUCCUCUCUGCACCAACGCUGGCAAUGUCCAGAAUCCCAAGCCCACCACCCCCGGCAGAAAUGUCCAGCAGCCCCGUGGCUGAAAGCUGGUGUUAUACUCAGAUCAAAGUGGUGAAGUUCUCCUACAUGUGGACCAUCAACAACUUCAGCUUCUGUCGUGAGGAGAUGGGAGAGGUCAUCAAAAGCUCUACGUUCUCCUCGGGAGCCAACGACAAACUCAAAUGGUGUUUGCGUGUGAAUCCUAAAGGUCUGGAUGAGGAGAGCAAAGACUAUUUAUCACUUUACCUCCUCUUGGUUAGCUGCCCGAAAAGUGAAGUGCGUGCCAAGUUUAAGUUUUCUAUCCUCAAUGCCAAGGGAGAAGAGACCAAAGCCAUGGAGAGCCAGAGGGCGUACCGUUUUGUCCAAGGGAAGGACUGGGGUUUCAAAAAGUUCAUAAGGAGGGACUUCCUCCUGGACGAGGCCAACGGUCUGCUGCCUGAUGACAAACUAACACUUUUCUGUGAGGUGAGUGUAGUGCAGGACUCUGUGAACAUCUCAGGUCAGAACACGAUGAACAUGGUGAAGGUUCCUGACUGCAGGUUGGCUGAGGAACUUGGAGAUCUGUGGGAAAGCUCCAGAUUCACCGACUGCUCCCUUUGUGUCGCCGGCCAAAAAUUCCAGGCACACAAAGCCAUACUAGCAGCUCGCUCGCCGGUGUUCAGUGCCAUGUUUGAGCAUGAGAUGGAAGAGAGUAAGAAGAAUCGUGUGGAGAUAAAUGACGUGGAGCCAGAUGUCUUCAAAGAGAUGAUGUGCUUCAUCUACACAGGCAAGGCCCCCAACCUGGACAAGAUGGCUGAUGACCUGCUGGCUGCAGCUGACAAGUAUGCUCUGGAGAGGCUGAAGGUGAUGUGCGAGGAUGCUCUGUGCUCGAGUCUGUCCGUGGAGAACGCCGCAGAGAUCCUCAUCCUCGCCGACCUUCACAGCGCCGACCAGCUCAAGACACAGGCCGUGGACUUCAUCAACUACCAUGCAGCCGAUGUGAUGGAGACGUCCGGCUGGAAGUCCAUGGUGAUCUCUCACCCUCACCUGGUGGCCGAGGCGUACCACUCCCUGGCCUCGGCCCAGUGUCCCUUCCUGGGUCCCCCGAGGAAACGUCUGAAACAGUCCUAGAGGUCCGGAGAGACUCUGCUGUCCGAACCCUGCUGCGUCCUCCUGAACCGGCGACCUCACUGCUCCUCCCUCUCAGUCCUCCUUCUGCUCCCAUAGAGACGCCCGACGCCGACGCCCGGGGCUCUGCUAGAUGAUGCUGGGGGAACUGAGAACCACAGGACUGGAGCCACAGAGGAGGUUCCACACAUCUCUGUAGGUAGGGAUUCAUUCAAGUCUGGAUAUUUAUGGACUGUAAGCCAAAAGCCUCGACGGUAUCCUCACUCCGAGAGGCAGGCACGUAAAGAACUGAUCUUCUGGCUUGAAAAGUCACAGCUGAGUCCCUGUAAAUGCUAUUCUGUGGCAUUUAUAUUGUCUUGUACAGUGUUAAAGCCCAAACUGCGCUUGUGAAAGGACACGUGAAGAGGAUCAACCAGCCAGAAAAUACAAGACUGUUGUUCCUAUUGUUGAUGAUUUAAAUGAUGUUUGUUCGGUGUCAUGUUUUUCUAGGGCACAAAACAAUUCUCUUGAAUGGAAGAAGACAAAUCUGAACACGUUUUAAUGUUCACUGUGUCUUAAGAAGGCAGACGCUGUGUGGAUCUGGCCCCAUUUUAGCCCCGAACUUGAAUGAUUUUAGAAUCAGGACGAAUUUCUGAAGUUUGAGUUGCAGUAAAGGCAUUUGAAUAAUCAAAGGAACGAUCAGCAGGCUGCUUCUCAAGAUUUCUGGCAUGCCGUGUAUUUUGGUUGACAUGAAUGCUGCCAAAAGAACAGCUGUAACCUGUCAUGGGCUUGUUUUAAUAUUACUGGAGUAGUAGUUUACAUAUUGUCAUAUAUUAUGAUCACACCGUACAAUCCGGAUCGUCCCGUUAUCUGCAGCUCCAUACUUUUUCCAGUAACUUCUUAUUAUUUAUUUGUAGUAGAACUGCACAUAGUGCUGCUGGCAUACUAUUUUUUGUCAAAACCAAUCAGCCACAACAAUUAAAACCAAGUUAUGUACAUAGCAUCAAUCAAGGUUCUGCUGAGAAGCAUUUAUGUGGAUGUUAUUUUGACACUUAACCCACUUCUAGAAAAGUGAUCACACAAUGAUCUGAACGUCUCUGGAGCAGUUUCUCUUUGUUUUCUACAAACCGUGGUCUCAUUUAUCACUGCGGUAUAAAGUGUGUGCUUUGUGACGCCGUCAUAAUAGCAUAAAAUCUAAGAAAAAAAUUAAAUAUAGGUGAUUUUUUGGGGAUUCUUUAUUUUACAAAAAUUGGAAAAACCUGGACUCAACAUGUAAACAUGUAAAGACAAUUUGCAUCUGACAUUGAUUUUGUUUCCACACUUGUUUCCUAUCUGCUCUGUGUAAACACAGCCUGCGGUUCAGCCAAAGCAAUUCAGAAUUUUUGUCAAGUGACUGUUGGUGACAGCUGAAUCACUAAUGACUUCACAGUUGCACAAAGAAACACAGAUUUUUUUUGUUUGUUUUUUACAGCAUCUGGUUAGUGCAAGUGGCUUAUUUUUGGCCAAUUCUUUGAUGAUACAUAUAAAGUAAAGUGAUUAGUUAGUCAGUACGUCACACAUGAUUAGCCUGAGGAAAGUUGAAAAUCCGAUGAUUAUUUCUGUUUUUCCAGUUUGUAGUUGUAAAAAUUGUGAAGUUUUUGCAAUAUUGUUAAAGAUGCACUACCAUUCAAAAGUUUGGGGUCAAAAAAUGUCCUUAGUUUUUAAAGAAAAGCAUUUUGUUCAGUGAAAAUAGCAUUAAAUCAAUCAGAAAUACAGUUGAGACAUGGUUAAUGUGGUAAAUGACUAUUCUAGCUAGAAAUGGCUGAUUUUUAAUGGAAUAUCUCCAUAGGGGUACAGAGGAACAUUUCCAGCAACCAUCACUCCUGUGUUCUAAUGGUACAUUGUGUUCGCUAAUGGUGUUGAAAGGCUAAUUGAUGAUUAGAAAACCCUUGUGCAAUUAUGUUAGCACAUGAAUAAAAGUGUGAGUUUUCAUGGAAAAUAUGAAAUUGCCUGGGUGACCCCAAACUUUUCAACGGUAGUGUCCAUGUUGGGUUCAGGGUGUAACAUGGAGAACAGCCCCAAAAACCAAUCGCUUCUCCAAGAGUUCCUGUGUUCACGCCCCAGUGGGUCAGAACUGUUUUGGCAUUACGAGUGGAAACUACACAAAAUGUUGUGACUGAUUGGUGUAUAUUUUGUGGUUGUCUUGUUUGCAUAAGCUUUGUUUAAAAUGUCACAGGACUAAAUCGACUGAAUCUGAACAUAAAAAAUGCCAGAAAAUGGGAGUCUGAUUAAAGGUGUGGUCAUAUUUAACAUAACACUGAAAAUUAUUGAAAGCACAGUGUCUGCCCAGCAAAUACACCUCUUUACCUUGGCCUGUUCACCUCAGUGCUUUCCCUGCGACUGAAGCAACGUUUUGCCCUCCAAACCUGUAAAAUACAUAUAUUUUCAAUUUUC